AGCCUAAGGUAGGUACCUACUAUGUACCUAACCUAUUACAAGAAUCAUUAUCUCCAGGCUGUUUCCACUUUCAGAUCGUUCCUGCCCCGCCACAAGGCAAACAGCUUCCCCCGGAGAAGCUUCAAGCCUGAGGUUUCCACCCCAUAUGACGCCGACUGCCCAUUUACCUUUUACCCUUAUCAUUUACAACCCCAGAAAAUCGCAAAACCUUACACCAUCUUCCACCCAGAAAAUAAACCCCACACCAACAUCGAGGAUAGAGUUAUUCAAUAUCUUCUCGCCGUAAGAUUAUCUAUCUCAUUAAGACCACUCUAGUCUCGAGCGCUCGUCGUCAUGGACAAACUCGCUUCUACGCUUCUAGCGUUUCCGCCUGAAGCCAAUCUUUCCAAAGCCGCAAAAAGCGACAAUGUGAGAUACGAUGUCGAGGUUCGACAUCACGUUGGCAAGCUCUCUAAAAUCAUCAAGGACCAUAAAGCCGAUUUGAUAGCUUUUGGUCCCCAGUUCCUUGAGCUCCUCAACCCGGCCGUGAACUCGCUAUCUUACCUCGCCGUUCUUCAUACACUUAUUCUCCCCAGCAUCGCCGCUUCGGUUCCCCACGACAUUAUUCUAGAGAAGCUGGUCUUAUUCCUCAUGAAGUAUGAUGCGCAACAAUGUCGCUAUGCUAGAAACCACCUUCUAGAGGUAUUAUUCGUUGUAGGAAAUGGCCGAUGUCUACCACCUUCUGUUGCGGUUGAGGUGCUCGCGACAGCCAUCCUAAGACUAGACCCAACUGGUAGCAUGCUCACUUCCUCCCAUAUCCUACUCGCCAAGCUCGCCUACAAUACCAACAAUAUCGAUCCUGCCUUGCAAGUAAUCGACAAACAGAUUGUCUUCUUUCCUGGCAUGGCCAACUACACCGAACCCAGCCUCCUAUGCGACCUUACGCUAUCCCCUCCAGCCUACAUCAUGCGAGAAACUGGUCUUACAGGCCCAUUGAAAUCUUCCUCGGUCAUGGAAUAUGACUUGCUCUGUAGCAUGAUGUACUGUUCGAAGAGAGACUGGGCAAAGGCGUAUGCAGCCUUGGAGAGAGUUGUCGCCUAUCCCACUCGUGAGGGAGCUUGUAGCAAGAUAAUGGUUGAAGCCUAUAAUAAGUGGGUAUUAGUGAGCUUGCUACUCCACGGAAAGCUUGGUGAAUCCAAGGCGCAUACAGGAUCUACGGCAUACAAACUCUACGGAAACUUCGGAAAGCCGUAUGUGGCCGUCGCGGUGCUAUUUACCACUGACGACGCAGAUGCAUUAAAGGCCGAGGUUGAGAAGAACGCUCAGCAGUGGGACGAGGACGGAAACACAGGACUUAUGAAAGAGGUCCUUGCUUCUUAUCAGAAAUGGCGAAUUAUAGGCCUCGAACAAAUCUACUCGAAGGUCUCACUCACCGAGAUUCGCCAACAGACGAAGAGUGCGGAGACGGGUCAGAUAUUGGAAAGGGAAGAGGAGAUCGAAAUACUCAUACAGGACAUGAUAAUUUCGGGCAUGCUUAACGGUGUUAUCGAGAAGGAUGUCAAUGGAACGACAUCCCUCACCUUCCUACCAACAACUACCCAAUUAUCGGAACAAGAAUUUGCCAAGGAGCUCGCAGCAAUAGCCGCACAGAUAAAGCGGCUACACCCAAUCUUCAACACGACCAAGGAGCGCUUGGGUGCGAGUAACGAGUACAUCAAGCAUAUGAUCAAGGAGGAAAAGAGAAACGACAAGAACGACGCCGACCCGACCCUGGCCUUCGACACGCAAGUAGACGACGAAGAUCUGAUGGGAGGCGUUGUAGCUACCGGCUGAGGAGGCUCAGAGCCUCUCGCCGCUCGGCUAAUUUAGCCUUGAAAUACACACCAUCAGCUACAAAUCCCUACCCUUGGUCUCGAUUUCUCUUUAACGAAUCUUCCUGCUCGACCCGCUCAGAGAGAAUGCCGUAAAGAAAAAGUUCUUGCUACUAUACGCAUAUUCACAAGGGACGUCGUUUCAAGUGGGUGGGCAUCCAUCUGCAUAGAACAGAUAGAAUGAUGAUAUGCCCCCAUUACGAUGAGACGACAACAACGACACGAGCAAGCCUUAGGUAGAUACCCCGUCUACCACUAGUUUAGGGAGUAACCGGCCCAAGGAAGAUAGAUACCUAGAUAGAUACCUAAUCACGAGAAUUCUGAGAGUUAGCUAGUCUGGAUGUCUAGGUAAAGCUGCGGAGGAUAAUGAAUAAAACACAUUGAUAUCCA